UCCUUGAUUCUCCACCUUCUCCGAGCAGCAGGAGCAGACAAUCACAUUAUCACUCAAAUACACAGAAACCUACAACUACCCACACAGAGCAGAAGUAAAGGAGUAUAGGAAGGGCUUAAGAGAUCUUCUCAUUGAGAUUCCAGGAUAUAUGUGCCUUUUUCUGACAGAACGUGUGCAGAGUGUGUUACUGUGUGCAUAGGAAAGACAAGCAGAAUGUGUGAGAGAGAGCAAAAGAGAGAGAGAGGGAGAGGGAGAAAGCGAAACAGAGGAGGCACAGGGGUGGGAGGGUAGAUCAUGCAUGUGCAUUAUCUCAGCUCCAGCGGCACAGCAGCAGCAAACAGAAACAGCAGCAGCACAGGGGGGAAGGAGAGAAAGAGAAAGAGAGGAGGGAGAGUCUGAGGGAGGGUUGUAGUCUCAGGCAAACGAACAAAAGCUGCAGAGAGUAGCUUUCCAUCUCCGCUAAAAAGACCAACGGUGGUGUUUUACAAAGAGGAGGAGGUGGUCAUGAUAAUUGUGAGUCCGUAACGGAACAGAAGAGGCACACUGUAAUCAGUGCAGACUGAAGGCAAGGCUCUUCUCUUUGCUUUCCAUGUUUUUGGGGACUCAGCAUACCACUGCCUGCGUCUCCAAACCCAGAAGAGGAUGUCUGUGUCAGGGAAGAAGGAGUUUGAUGUGAAACAGAUCCUCAGGCUCCGUUGGCGCUGGUUCAGCCAUUCAUCUCAAGGUUCUGCUGGUGGUGGAGGUGGCAGUGUGGGAAGCUACAUCCAGCAGGAUGGCCUGGACCACAGAGGAACUCCUGUCCAGGGACGGCUGAAGAGCCACUCGAGGGAAAGGGGCAUCGGAGGAUUGCGGAAGACCAGCAGUCCUGUGCACAGCGUCAUGUCGCAAACGCCAGGGCCAACACCUGUCUAUGUCAGGACAGGUCAUCAGUCAUGGCAUCAUCAACCAAACACCAUCCAGGGCCUCCAGGUCAACGAGGAGUAUCCAAAGAGCAUUUCCUCUCCCAGCACAACGAGGAAAGAGGAAACAAACUCUGGCCAAGAAGAAAUGAUAAGCAGCAUAGAGGAACCUGCAGAGGUGGAAGCCAGAGACAGGUUGGUUCUGAGCAAUUUGUCCAGAAUGAACACCAACUCCUCCGAUGAAUUUUUCCAGGCUACAAAUCAUGCAGAGCAGACGUUCCGUAAAAUGGAGACCUACCUCCAGCACAAGCAGCUGUGUGACGUACUGCUGAUAGCAGGGGAUCACAAGAUACCAGCUCAUAGGCUUGUCUUAAGUGCAGUUUCGGACUACUUUGCUGCUAUGUUUACCAGCGAUGUGAGAGAGGCAAAGCAAGAGGAAAUAAAGAUGGAAGGAGUGGAUCCUGAGGCCCUCAGAUCACUGGUACAUUUUGCCUACACUGGCGUCCUUGAGCUGAAAGAGGAGACCAUUGAAAGCUUAUUGGCGGCAGCAUGCCUCCUCCAGCUUUCACAAGUCAUCCAGGUCUGCUGCACCUUCCUCAUGAAGCAGCUUCAUCCGUCCAACUGCCUUGGAAUAAGAUCCUUUGCAGAUGCCCAAGGCUGUGUCGAUCUGCUGAACGUGGCUCACAACUACACCAUGGAGCACUUCCUGGAGGUCAUUCAGAACCAGGAGUUCCUGCUGCUUCCCACGGCUGAGAUUGUUAAACUGCUCUCCAGCGAUGACAUCAACGUUCCAGAUGAAGAAACAAUUUUUCAGGCUUUGAUGAUGUGGGUGAGAUUUGAUGUCCAGCAUCGACAGCAGGACCUCGGGGUGCUGCUCGCUUUCAUCCGCCUUCCUCUUCUUCCUCCACAGCUCCUUGCAGAUCUAGAAAACAACAAGAUGUUCUCUGAUGAUCUGGAAUGUCAAAAGCUUCUGAUGGAGGCCAUGAAAUACCAUCUGUUGCCCGAACGACGGCCCAUGUUUCAGAGCCCAAGAACAAAACCCAGAAAGUCGACAGUGGGUGCACUUUAUGCUGUGGGAGGAAUGGACGCUACGAAAGGCUCCACCACCAUUGAGAAGUACGACUUGCGAACAAAUACUUGGGUCCAGGUUGGAGUCAUGAAUGGACGGCGGCUACAGUUUGGUGUGGCUGUGAUUGACAACAAGCUUUAUGUUGUCGGAGGGAGAGAUGGGCUGAAGACAUCCAACAUGGUGGAAUGCUAUAAUCCUGUCAGUAAAGUUUGGUCAACUAUGCCUCCAAUGUCCACCCACCGUCAUGGACUUGGCAUUGCGGUCCUCGAGGGUCCCAUGUAUGCAGUUGGAGGCCAUGAUGGCUGGAGCUACCUCAAUACAGUGGAGCGUUGGGAUCCGCAGGCCAGACAGUGGAACUAUGUGGCCAGUAUGUCGACUCCACGAAGCACCAUGGGAGUCACAGCACUCAAUGGAAAGCUGUUUGCAGUUGGUGGGCGAGAUGGCAGCUCGUGCUUGAGGUCGAUGGAGUGUUUUGAUCCACACACCAACAAGUGGAGCAUGUGUGCGCCGAUGUCCAAGAGGAGAGGAGGUGUGGGCGUAGCCACGUACAACAACUUCCUGUAUGCUGUGGGUGGACACGAUGCCCCUGCUUCCAACCACUGUUCCAGACUCUCUGACUGUGUUGAGAGAUAUGAUCCAAAGACGGACACAUGGACCACUGUGUCCUCGCUCAGCGUUCCUCGGGAUGCAGUGGGAGUUUGCUUGUUGGGUGACAGGCUCUACGCAGUCGGUGGAUAUGACAGCCAGUCAUAUCUCAAAACUGUAGAGUCCUAUGAUGCACAAAACAAUGAGUGGACUGAGGAGGUCCCUCUUAACAUUGGAAGGGCAGGCGCCUGCGUGGUGGUGGUGAAACUACCGUGAGAAUCUCGUCUCAACAGCAACACAGAGGGCCUAAAUGACAGAGCGGCAAAGUGGAGUGGACAAACAAAGCAGCAGAUUGAGGACACAUCCUUUGAGGGAUGAAUUAUCACAUUUUCUUCUUUAACUUGGACAUCCAGAUCUUUCACUGGGAAAUGCAGGCAAAGCCUUGCCCAAAAACCAUUGUUUCUGUCAUUAGUUGAUUUGUCUGCCCAGUGGGUAGGACUGGAAAGACUGGAAUGCACUGCACAUUCCCCACAUUCUCAAACGAUUAAGAACUUGGCCAAAACAUUGUGAAUCAGCGCCAAGGAUUUGCUGUACUGCGUUCUAAAAUCUAACUUGAAUGUCCUCAGAAUUUUAUGUAACAUUUACACUCUAAAUAAAUUAAUUCUGUUAGUUUACUAUUACACAAAAGCAUUUCCUAUCAGUGCCAUCUCAGACAGUAUAUUUUUUGGGGUUUAUAUGUCCCUUUAUAGAUUCUACAACAAUUCUUAUUCUUGUAAAUAUAAAACAGUGUUUUUUUGGGUUUUUUCUUUUUUAACAACGGUGGUCUGAAGUGAUUGUUACUCUUUGGCAAUGAAGACCACUGAUUAAAACUGCAAGUGAAGAGUUUAAGAUACAGGAACAAAACACACUUAUUUGCACCAGUAGCAACAAAACACCAAAGUCAUUCACUUCUUUUAGAUGUCUUUUUGUGCAUUAAAUAAAGGUUUGCAAAUCUGUGAAUCAAAGAAAAUAUAUCAUAUUGAUAUUCCAUAUUUCUGUACAGAUUUCUGUUGAUGUUCUGAAGCUGCAUUUGUAUUUGUAGAAUCAUACCCCAACCAAUGAUGUCUUUAUUGAUUGUUCAUUUAGCUUCAGAGCAUUUUUUUUACAUUUGCAGUUGGAUGUCUUGCUAGUAAAAAUGUAUAUUGUUAGCGUGUUCAUCACUACAAAAAACAAAACAAAACAAAAAAACAUUCUAACUAUAUUAUAAUGGGUUUUCGGGGGCCAAAUACUAUUCUUUGCUUUUGUUAUAAUUUUGUACAGCAUGCAAGCCAAUAAAAUAACUUCAGUUUUCUUUGCAUGAUUUAAAUGUGUGGCCUCAUAAAAGGCAGAUUUUCAUUUUUCUUCUUUGUCCUGGUCCUGAUAAAAAAAAAAAUCUGAUCCCAUAACUAAACAGACUUUGACUCCAACUUUGACAUCUGCAUUAAUCUCAGUUUUGUUCUCACUGCAAUACAGUCUUCUUAAAUCAAACAAGCAUGUUUGGAGAUAUUGCUUUGCUUUACUCAUUCAUUGGCAGAAAACUGCUUCUCCUUGGCCUUUUUUUUUCUUUUUUACUAUUUACCUUCUAAAUAGCCAUUCCUUUCCAACUUCCCUCAGCUUAUUUGGUGAGAUUUUGAUUGCGUUUGUUGACAAAAUAGUGGAUUAUCUGUCCACACAUGAAGGUUUUAGCCAUAAAUCUGCUUGGAGUCUCGGCAACAAUACCUGACACAUGUCAGAGCCAAAGCAUUUCUGCAUCCACCAUUUCACAGAUGCAAAGAAAAAUAUUCCCUUAUAUGCCUCUAAUUCUUUUUGUUUACAGAUUUCUAUUCCGGAAAGAUCCAAUCAAUUUUCUACAUUGGUGCUUUUCAGUUACGUUUAAGUCCAAAAUUAUUCAAAUUCAGAAACAAGUUUCAAUUAAGAAGGAAAUGUGACACCACACUCAAAAUUUAUAAUAAAAACAUGUAAAAAGCUUGAAAUAAAAUGAUAAAAUUUAUGAAGGUGCUAUAUUUUCAAUCUAAUUAAAAAAAUGGCUGUUCAAAAUUGUGUAAUGUGUAUAUAGAAUUUCAGCAUUAUAGACAGAACCUUCUUAUAAAUACUGACCAGAUCUUUGCAUGUUUUCACUAGUCAUCAUGCCAAUCUUUAUCCUCCACCAAGUCCUUAUCAGGUUCAGCCUGGGACUCUGAACUUACAUUCAGUCAGAAUCAACAUGAUGGUGAAAUUCUAAUAUUAAUUCAAACUUAAAUCUGUCAGGGGAAAGAGUAAUCAGGCUUAACUGUAUGUAUUCAUUUUAAUGUUUGAAUAAAAGUGAAAUCCUCAGAGUGAUGAAAGAUAGUCAAACUCAUUUCCAGAAGUUUUAGCAAAACACCCAACACCAUGAAACUACCUAUAUCCAUGAUAUACUUUAUAUAAAAAACAUAUAGUCCUUCACAUAAAACUGUUGUAAAAUCUG